UUUGCAGGUAAAGGCAGUUUCGGCCAAGUAGUAAAAGCGUUUGAUCAUGAAGAACAAACGCAAGUGGCAAUAAAAAUUAUCAAGAAUAAAAAACCUUUUCUAAAUCAAGCGCAAAUCGAAGUGAGGCUAUUGGAAAUGAUGAACAGGGCGGAUACCGAUAACAAAUAUUAUAUAGUUAAGCUGAAAAGGCAUUUUAUGUGGCGGAAUCACUUAUGUCUGGUAUUCGAACUGUUAUCGUAUAAUCUAUAUGAUCUACUUAGAAAUACGAAUUUUCGAGGAGUGUCGUUGAACUUAACGAGAAAGUUUGCACAGCAACUGUGUACUGCCCUUUUGUUCCUGUCUACACCGGAAUUGAACAUCAUUCACUGUGAUCUGAAACCCGAAAACAUACUUUUGUGCAAUCCCAAACGAAGUGCGAUAAAAAUAGUGGACUUCGGUAGUUCGUGUCAGCUUGGACAAAGAAUAUACCAGUAUAUUCAAUCUAGGUUUUAUCGAUCUCCUGAAGUCUUGUUAGGAAUACCUUACGACCUUGCGAUAGACAUGUGGAGUCUAGGAUGUAUUUUAGUUGAAAUGCAUACAGGAGAACCUCUGUUCAGUGGGGCCAAUGAG